CCGCAAUUCAAAGGCGUCUUCGUUGUAUUUCGGAGCAUCUCAAGCCCCCCAACACUCUGCUAAAUCCCCUAAGAAUUAGGGUUAUAUGAACUCUCUGCCUUGCCCCUACUCCUUUCAAAUUAGGGUUCUGAGCCCCACUUCCUUUCUCUAUGUAUUUUCACUUGGAAUUAGGUUUCAUAUCAUCUCUCUCUGGGUUUUGACAGUGCUCUUCAGAUGUGGAGAAUCCAGUAGAUGGUGUCCAUGGCGCUUGCCCUGUGGUCAUUGGAGGAAUGGUUUUGGAUAUCCACGCAAAGCCUUCUGUCUCUGUAAAUCCUGGUAUUACAGCUUUUCCUUUGUCAGAAGAUUCAGGUAUUUGGGAAAUAAUGGUUGAUGGAGGAAUAUUGAUUUGGGAUGAAGAUUCGAUAUGUGAGGGGGGGAGUGGCAAGAAAUGUUGCCGAAUGUAUGUCAAAGCUUGGCAGUAGGCCUUUCAUCAUCAGUGUGGUUGGAAAUGACAUGGCAGGGGAUUCGAUGCUGGAGCACUGGAAGUCUCUUGGUCUUUCUAUAGAAGGCAUUCGUAGAUGCAGUGAUAUUGUGACACCUAUUGUAUCAAACAUAUUUGAUCUGGGUGGGGAGUUAUCAGCUGCCGUUGCUGAUGUCGAAGCAGUUGAGAAGUCUUUGACUCCAGACUGGAUUUGGAAAUUUAAGCACAAAAUAAGUUCCGCGCCAGUUUUAAUGGUUGAUGGCAACUUGGGUCCUCUUGCUCUUGAAGCUGCUUGCCAGGGGUGGCCGUAUGUUCUUUCUUCUCGACUCUACUAUAGGAAUCGAGCCUUGUUUGCUGAGGGUUCGAAUUACUGGUGCUCUCUUGACAUUUCUAUCAUCUGGUUUCUUACCUCAGUAGCAGCAGAUUCGAGGACCCCAGUUUGGUUUGAACCCGUAUCAGUGGCGAAGUCUGUAAGAAUUGGAAGUAUUAUCAAGCAUGUAGCAUAUACAUCACCUAAUGAAGAUGAGCUUAUUGCCAUGGCAAAUGCUUUAUGUUCUGAUCCUGGUUCGUCUCCAAUCCAGGGAAUGAGUAAAAAGGGAAGUCAUAAGUCCAUAGACUCCAUGGUUUGUAUGCUGAAACCUGCCAUUGCUUGGUUACUGGAGAGAGGUGUUGACAUGGUCAUCGUGACUCUUGGAUCAAAUGGGGUACUUUUAUGUUCUAGGGAGGCCCCUGAUUUCAGCAGGGUAACUGCGCAUAAUGCCAGAUUCAGCAGUUUUGAGAGAGAAUUGUAUGAUCUUGUGAUCUCAAAUUUGGUAUCCAACCGCCAAUUUGGUAACAUCAAAUCUGUUAAAUCUAAUCACAGAAGUGGGGUUCCUUAUUUGUUUCAUUUUCCCGCUUUACCUGCAUCUGUUGUGAGCCUCACAGGUGCUGGUGAUUGUUUGGUGGGUGGAUGCCUUUCUUCUCUUUGUAUGGGUCUAAAUAUCACAAGCAGCAUAGCUAUUGGUAUAGCUGUUGCAAAAGCAGCGGUUGAGAGUCAAUAUAAUAUUCCUCCAGGGUUCUCUAUUUGUACAGUUGCAGAUGAUGCAAAUAGAGUGUUCUGUGCUGUGAAAGCAGUUGAAGCGGGCUAAUGAUGGAUAAUGUAUGAGGCAUUAUCAUUUUGGUCCUCGUCAAAGAAGAAGAAAAAAACAUAUUUAUGGCCUCUUUCCCAAUUUGUAGUAGCAUGGGGCUAUCUAAUGGAGCUGCUGAUCUUAUUGUUUCUGUUGAAGUCAAUUUUUCUUGGCUUUGCAGAAGGAUGUGUUUUGAAGUGGCAGCACUCAUUUGAGGUAUUAUGGACAUGUUCAUCAAUGGGUCUUUAUUUAUUGGGAAAAUAUCAUUAAAAUGGUUAAGCCAUCCCAGAAAAUCACUGAGGAGGUCAAAUCAACCGAUUUAUCAAUAAAGUGGUUACUGUAAAAAGAUCAUUGGACUCAGGUGCCUCGGCAACUAUUUUGUUACAGAAUUCCAAAAUGUCCAUGUUCUAGAUUCGGGACUAUGAAUAUGUAGGGGUAUUUUGGUAA